AAACCAAACUGCACUUGUUGGGACUUAACGGAUACAUUGCUCCAAGUAAUUAGGUUUUGACCUUCUUGUUUCUUUUCUUUACUUACUUUUGGCAAGAAAACAAAUGAGAAAAAAUUUGGAAGAGCUUUCUCAGUAAAAUAUUUAUCGUUAUCUUUAUUUUGAUGUAGAACUUGCCUACACCAUGGUGGUUUCUAAAAAAUGUGAUGUGUAUAGCUUCGGAGUAUUGGCAUUAGAAACAUUGAUGGGAAAGCAUCCAGAAGACCUCUUUUUGUUGCCUUCCUUGCAAAACAUAAUGCUAGCUGAUGUAUUAGAUCCACGGCUUUCACCUCCAAGAAUUCAGAAGGUUAUACAAAACAUCCUUCUUGUUGCCACAAUUGCAUUUGCAUGCAUGCGAGCUGAGCCAAAGUCUAGGCCAUCAACGAAACGCGUGUGUCAAGAGUUUCUUGGUCGCCUUCCACCAUUACCAAAGCCUUUUCAUGCAAUCUCUCUGUCAGAAGUGAAGGAAUAUGGAAUGUACAUGGAAGGUGUGAAAACACAAACUCAAUAUCAGACCUUGCAGGCUGAUUGUUAUAUUUCUUGUUGAUUCCCAUGUCAAUUAGUAUAAUAUGCAGAAUAAAGAAGCGGUAUUUCAUUGGCAAAAUAUAUAUAUAUAUAUUGGCUUCUUCUUUUUUUUCCGAAGCUAAUAUUUCAUGCUUUGAUCUUUUCUGUUUUUUUUUUUUUUGGUACAUGAUCUUUUCUGUUUAUGUGUAGAUAUAUUGCUUAAUGUAAUAUUUGGGCUCUCAAUUUUUUGUCGAUCUCAUCAUCAAAGAAACUUUUUUGGUCAAU